AUGAGUUUGAGCGACUUUAGCCGCUUUGACGUUUAUUCAAAGCCUUUGGACGACUUCAGAGUGAAAACUUCGUUUGGAGGAGUUGGUGAGUUGGCAGUUUUACUUGAUUGUUCAUGGUUUAGGUCCUUCGAUCAAUAGGAAUAGAGAUAAAAUUAGUUUCACCGCUCAUUUGAAGGUUUUAGACAUUGAAAUGUUCGAUUCUGUUUUAUUGCCAUACCUAAAACAAUAUCUUUUGAUUUCAGUGUCAAUAAUCAGCUUUGCUGUGAUCUUUCUAUUGUUUCUUGGCGAAUCGAUCAACUACUUCACAGUGCAAAUUGUUGAAGAGCUCUAUGUGGAUUCGACGAGCGCUGAUUUGAGGGUGGACAUUCACUUUGAUAUCACGUUUCCCAAAUUACCAUGUGCUUUUCUGACCAUCGAUGUGAUGGAUGUGGGUGGUGCUAGUCAACAUGACGUCAAGGAUGACAUUUUCAAGUUGAGGCUGGAUAAGGAUGGGCAGAAUAUUACAGGUGCCGCGCCGAUCAAGCAAGGUAAUGGUUAAGGUUAUUGUUUUUGUCAAUUUUAGGUAUACUUUAUUUUUUUAAUUGAUGUAGUGGGCUUUGUUAUUUAUCUGGUUGAUAUUUCCAUCCAGUUUUUCCCCAUUUUUUUGUUUCAAAGGUUAAUAAUCUCAUGAUUGGUUUACAGGUAUAAAUGUCAACGGCACGAAAGAUCUCGCUCCGGCGACCAAAGAGCCCCUUUGUGGCAGUUGCUAUGGUGCUGCGGAUGGGUAAGAGAACAAUUUAAAAUAUCAUUCUUUUAAGUUUAGAUGUUGUAAUACUUGUGAUGACGUCAAACAGGCCUAUGAAAUCCGAGGAUGGACUAUCGAUGAUAUCACAGCAAUUGAACAAUGUAAAAAUGAUGAAUUUGUCCAAGAAAUGACGAAGCAUAAGGAUGAAGGAUGUCGAAUUUAUGGGCAUGUCGAUGUUGCGAAGGUGAGGGUUUACCUGAAAGGUUGUAAAUCAUAUGAUUUGUUUUUAGGUCGAAGGAAACUUCCAUAUUGCUCCAGGUUCGUCAGUUUCGGCUCAACGAACUCAUUGUAAGUCUAGUGUAAUAUAAAUUAAUGUGGGAGCUUGUAAAUUAUUAGUCUUAGACGCGUCUGUUAGCAGUUUUAGGAUGAAAUUGGCCUCAUUGAAACAAAUGUGACCUAUAACAAAGAAAAUAAAAAAAAAUUUGCUAAAAAGUUUACCUAAUUUUUUCAGAUUUUGUUAUUCGAAAUUUUUUGAGUUUUCAUCUAAACUUUGAUCUAUUUUUAGUCCACGACCUCCAUUCAAUGUCUGCCGGAUCUUUCGACACCACCCACACCAUCAAUAAACUCUCAUUUGGCAAGCCCUACCCAGGAAAAGAUUAUCCUCUGAAUGGCCUAACAUUUAUUAGUCCGAAAGGCGGAAUAAUGCAUCAAUAUUUCGUCAAAGUGGUCCCAACUAUGUUUGUGUAUGGCGUCACCAAGCCCGGAGUGGAAGAGUACAGCUAUCAGUUCAGUGUGACAAGAAAUACAAAGGACAUUACGAGUGGGCAGCCGGGUUUGCCCGGGAUCUUUGUUCAAUACUCGUUCUCGCCGUUGUUGGUCAAGUAUGAGGAAAGAAAACAGUGAGUUGUGGUUUUAUUUUUUGUUCUGGAAAUUUAGGGACAAGAAUUUGGAAGGACGAAGCUUUAAUCUGAAAAAAAUCAAGGUGAUGGAAAAAAUUUUUGAUUAUGAAAAGACACGUUGCUUAAUGGUCUAUUUUGGCCAUAAAAUUGCGAUUUAGCUGGUUGAAAAACCAACCUAAAUGAUUUUCCCGUAAGAUCAUUCAUUUUUGAGACUUGGUUUUUCAGUGCCACAUUGAUUCCGGUCAAUAAAACUGUCAAAAAUAGAUCAAAAUAAGCCUCAUUGAUUCUAAUUAUACUCUUUUUUCUGUCCAAAAAUUUCUAAAUUUCGAUUUCUAGAGCGCUCUCCCAAUUCCUCGUUUCGUUAUGUGCAAUAAUUGGCGGAGUUUACACGGUGGCCAGCCUGGUGGACUCCUUAAUUUAUUCGUCGACUCGGGUGCUCAGGAAAAUGACUUAA